GGGGGCGCGCGCCCCCCGGUGUUUGUGUGCAAACUGGGGCCCCAGUUGGAUUUGCUGGUAAGCACUGUGGUGUGUCCUGCUUUAACUGUGCGGGUGCGACGAGGACAGCCAGUGGGUUGGGACGGGUGCUUUUCAGAGAGUUACGGGGGUCCCCAGAGAAGUCGGGGUUUUGCCACUAAAUUCCCAUUAGAGGGGCACCCCCCCCCAGAGAGCUGUACGGGCGCCCAGGGCUGCGGCAACACUGCCGGUCGACGCCAAUGACAAGCGGGCGCCAUAUUGCGUGUUUACGUCAACAGGGCCCCCCAUUUAUCUGCCAGUGUCACUGCAAGAGCCAACCAGCAGGAAAUCAGUGCCAGUGGAGCCCUAAAUACGCAGGUGUGAGUGCAGGCCGCCUUUUGUGCUUCGCCCGGGUUGUUUUUAAAUGUGUGCGCCUUGCUUAGAGUGGAGUUGUUGUUGUCGUUAACCUGGCCAAGAUGAACGCUUCGGACCACGGGUUCAACCCGGCCUUCAACAUGGCCACCAUCAAGCAGGUGGUGAACGAGGCCAUCGAGCGAGUGCGGAUGCCCACGCCGAUGAGGCUGCGCGACCUGAUCAGACAGAUCCGCGCCGCUCGGACUGCUGGCGAGGAGCGCAGCGUGGUGAACAAGGAGUGCGCCUACAUCAGGAGCACCUUCAGGGAGGAGGACUCCGUCUGGAGGUGCAGGAACAUCGCCAAACUGCUCUACAUUCACAUGCUGGGGUACCCGGCGCACUUCGGCCAGCUGGAGUGCCUGAAGCUGAUCGCCAGCCCCCGAUUCACCGACAAGCGCAUCGGCUAUUUGGGGGCCAUGCUGCUGCUGGACGAGCGCCAGGACGUCCAUCUGCUGAUCACCAACUGCCUGAAAAACGACCUGAACUCCAGCACGCAGUUCGUGGUGGGGCUGGCGCUCUGCACGCUGGGGGCGAUCGCCUCCCCUGAGAUGGCGCGCGAUCUGGCCGCCGAAGUGGAGCGUCUGAUGAAGUCCCCGAACGCCUACAUUCGCAAGAAGGCGGCCCUCUGCGCCUAUCGCAUCAUCAAGCGCGUGCCCGAGCUGAUGGAGAUCUUCCUGCCGGCCACCCGAAGCAUGCUGAGCGAGAAGAACCACGGCGUGCUGAUCACCGGCGUCACCCUGAUCACCGAAAUGUGCGAAAACAGCCCCGACACGCUCAACCACUUCAAGAAGAUCGUGCCCAAUUUGGUGCGCAUCCUCAAGAACCUGAUCCUGGCCGGCUACUCGCCGGAGCACGACGUCUCGGGCGUGAGCGACCCCUUCCUGCAGGUGAAAAUCCUGAAGCUGCUGCGCAUCCUGGGCAUCAACGACGCCGACACGUCGGAGGCCAUGAACGACAUCCUGGCGCAGGUGGCCACCAACACGGAAACCAGCAAGAACGUGGGCAACACCAUCCUGUACGAGACGGUGCUCUCCAUCAUGGACAUCAAGUCGGAGGGCGGGCUUCGGGUGCUGGCCGUCAACAUCCUGGGCCGCUUCCUGCUCAACAACGACAAAAACAUCCGCUACGUGGCGCUGAACACGCUGCUGCGCACCGUGCACGUGGACACUUCUGCGGUGCAACGGCACCGCUCCACCAUCCUGGAGUGCUUGAAAGAUCCGGACGUGUCCAUCAGGCGACGCGCAAUGGAGCUGUCAUUUGCGCUGGUCAACGCGCAGAACGUCCGCACCAUGAUCAAGGAGCUGCUGGCGUUCCUGGAGAAGGCCGAUCCGGAGUUCAAGGCGCCCUGCUCGAGCAACAUCGUGCUGUCGGCCGAGCGCUUCGCCCCCAACAAGCGCUGGCACCUGGACACGCUGCUCAAGGUGCUGGUGGCGGCGGGCAACUACGUGAGGGAUGACGUGAUCUCGUCCACCAUCCAGCUGAUAUCGGAGACGACCAGUCAGCAGGCCUACGUCACCUUGCAGCUGUUCAAGGCGCUGAGCGAGGACCUGCAGGACCGGCAGCCGCUGACGCGCGUCGCCGCCUGGGCCAUCGGCGAGUACGGGGACCUGCUGCUGGAGGCGCCCCCCGACGAGGAGCACGGCAUCGCCCACCCCCCGACCGAGGAGCAGGUGCUGGAGAUCUACCAAAGGCUGCUGUGGAACCCGCAGAACAGCAACACCACCAAACAGUACGCGCUGAUGUCGCUGACCAAGCUGAGCACGCGGUUCAGCGCCACCACCAGCCAAAUCCAGCAUGUGAUCAGCUCGUUCCGCUCCAGUCUGCACAUCGAGCUGCAGCAGAGGGGCGUGGAGUUCUCGCAGCUGUUCGGCCAGCACGGGCACCUGCGGCCCGCCCUGCUCGAGCGGAUGCCGCCCAUGGAGGUGGUGCGCAACGGCGACCCGCUGGACCUGGCCAAUGGCGACGAGGACAGCCCGGAUGAGGUCAGCCCCCAGCACGCGCCUGCCGGCGAAUCGAACGCGCUGUUGGACCUGCUGGGCGGGGACGACCCAGUGGGGGCGUUGCCGGCGCCCCCGGUGGGCGACAGCCCCAACCAGGACCUGCUGGACCUUUUGGGGCUGGGGCCCCUGAGCGACAACGACGCCAACGUGGACAAUGCGAACUUCAACUUUCUGACUGGUGAGUUGGGGCCUGCGGCGCCCCCUCGCCUUGUCGCAGACGAUCUGCUGGACAGCGGGCAGAGCCUGGCGCCCCCGUUGACCGCCUUCGAGAAGGACGGCCUCAAAGUGCUGUUCAGCUUCGAGGGGCCGCGCGACGGCAACAUGGUGCCCAUCAGCGUGACCGCCUCCAACCAAUCGGGCGCCACCCUGAGCGAGUUUCUGUUCCAAGCGGCGGUUCCCAAGAUUUUCCAGAUCCAGAUGCUGUCGCCUUCCGGCACCGUCCUGCCGCCCAAUGGGGUGGUCACGCAGGUGCUGAAGGUCACCAAUCCCGGCCAGAACGUGCUGAGGAUGCGGCUGCGAAUCUCCUACUCGGUGGACGGAAACCCGGUGCUGGAGCAGGCGGAGGUGAACACGUUCCCCCAGGAGCUGUGGGAGUGAGGGGCGCCGCCCCCCGGCCCCCUUUGUACAUAGCAGGGAAACAUUCCGGCAGGAGGCGCCACUGGAUUGGGUACUUAACUACUGGUUAGCGCGACUGUUACUACUACUACUACUAAUUCUAACCUUGUUUGUUACUUGCGUCCAUAGCUAUAAAUGAGCAACACACUUGAAUUAAAGAAGAUUUAUUGAACUAGAA